AAGAUGUCUCCUACAACUCUCCCUCUUCCUUCCGCCAAGAGAUGAGGAUUGAAGGUCUGACAGAGGCUAUCUUACGCCGACAUCAGGGCCCUUACCCGGCGACAACCCAAAGUCGGCUGACGGAUACUCCCAUUGACGGUAUUUUUGUGACUGACGGUGUCCAUGUCACUGCAGGAGGAUACUUGGACUUCCAGCAGUAUUUUAAGUCGGACCACAGGGGACUCUGGAUUGACAUUGACCUGGAGGCGACUCUUGGGGCUCCACCGGUCAACUCCCCCUCCUUCCACCCACGUCGCCUGACAUUGGCUGAUGGCCGUUCAGUCGACCGCUAUAUCAAAGCUGCUGAAGCGGGCUAUCGUCACUUUCGCCUUCCUCAACGAUUGACACAAUUAGCGGAUGAUAUUUUGGUCCAGGAUGGCUACUUGGCGGCAAACCAGCAAGAUAGAUUUAACACAAUUCAUUGCCAGGCCUACGAGGUUCGCCAAAGAGCUGAGCGCAACUGCCGUAAACUGUCAAUGGGUAAAGUUCACUGGUCCCCACAAAUGCAGCAGAAAUGGGAUAGGCUGCACCUCUACCAGCUUUUGAUCUUGGGACAUAAAAAGGUCAGGACUAGUUCACGGAAGGUCCGGCGCUUGUUGAAGAAGACAGGGCUGAGUGACGCAUGGAAAUUAUCGGAAGCUGACCUACAGGCAAAGUGGUACCUUGAACAUCAAGAAUACAAAGAGGUCAAGCGGAAGCGUGCCCAUCAGUGGCGCCUGGAGUACCUGGAGUCCCAAUCAGCAUUGGUCCAGAAAGCAAAGAAGGGCAACAUCAAGGCUCGCAGCCAACGGACUCGAGUCCAACGGAUGGCGCAGAAGGAGGAGACCGGACGGCGACGGAAAGCUCAAGGCAAAGGUUUUUCUGGCGGCCUACAGCAGAUUAAAGUGGCCCAGGUGGCACCGGAUGGUUCCUCUCAUUGGGUAACAUGCCAGUCUAAACGUCUUGUGGAGGAAGGCUGCAUGCAAGAGAACUGUCUACGGUAUGACCAGACGCGCUACCCCUACCCUACCCCACCAAUGACUGAACCUUUGUACUCCAACUCCAAUGGCCCUAACGCAGAACAGAACAGUAAAGCAUUGCUCCGGGGCCUAUAUGAAGUUGAGACAUCGGACCCUUACUUGGCAUCAUUCAUUGACCAUUGUCAACGGCCGGAGGGCUUGGAAGACCAACCACUGGAGGUGGAUCUGGAGGAUCAUGUUAGCUUCUGGCGCAAGAUUUGGGUGGACCUGAUGCGCACCAUCCAAAUGAUGAACUCUGAACUCCAAGCCAACAACAAAAGGGUGGGGAAAUCGGCCAUGGUCUAUGCCGAGAAGCACAAACUGAUCCCAUCAGGUCAACACGGUUCUCGCAAGCGUCACCAGGCCAUCCAUCUGGCCCUUACUAAGCGGCUCACUUGGGACCUUCUACAUCUCCAACGCCAUCCCGCCGGGUGGAUAUCCAAUGAUGCCAAGUCCUGUUUUGACCUCAUUGUCCACUGGGUGGCAAUCAUUAGCCUGAUGCGCUUUGGGAUUCAAUGGCGUACCUUUCGCUCCAUGUUUGACACCCUGAUGAAGUCUAAACACCGGGUGCAUACAGGGUUUGGUGAUUCCGACUGUGUCUUUCCUCCUCCUACCUUGAUCCCAUUCCAAGGAUGUGGACAAGGCGAUGGAGCAGGACCUCCUAUCUGGGUGGCAAUUAGCUCCAUUCUCUUGGGGAUGAUGAUUAGUAAAGGCUUAGGCUUAGGCUUUGGCUUUGACUUUCUGAUGUCAAUAUCUUGGGCUCCGCUCUUGGCUGAUUGCUUUUGUUUUGUUGAUGACACUGAUGUCUGCCAAGCUGCACUAUCUCCUGACCAGUCUGGGGAAUCUGUUGUCUCAGAGGUGGCCAAAGCACUGCAAUGGUGGUCCAACGGCGUCCGCCUGACUGGUGGCGCCAUCCGACCAGAUAAAUCCUUUUGGUAUCUGAUAGACUUCAAGUGGAACUCGCAACUAGGUGUAUGGCAAUUCCGGAAGAAGCGAGAUUAUAAACCAUCUCUUCUUCCAACAGGCAUGUCGGAAAUUGCGGUUGAAUUGGAUGAUCUGGAUGGCACCUCUGUGCAUCUAAAGUGGCUCAAAGCGGAUGAAUCGGCCAAGACUUUGGGUAUUCUGAUGUCCCCCUGCUCCAACAGGAAAGCUCAACUCGUGGUUAUGCAAGGGAAGGCAAAAGCAUGGGCGGACCAGAUCCAACCUAGUUUCCUCCAACAAUAUGAUGUCCUUCCUCUCCUUUGCACCACAAUCCAGAAGACUUUGGAGUACC